CUGCUGCUACUUUAAAAGGACGCGCUUAAAUAGCGGCCACCAAGCACAUAGACAGGUGUCCUGCUCUGUGCAUUCAUUUGUUUAUUCAACCAUACUGACACAGAAAACAGAAUAAUACUAGACGGAAUACUUUUUGCAUUUCAAAAAGCGGAGAAGGAGAAAUAAAUAAAAUAGCCUACAAUACAAUUUGGCAUGUAGUGCGCGCGCAUUUUUCACGCCUCCAUCAUUUGAUUAAAGUAAACUAGGAAAACUGUGGAGCUCCUUUCAGCUGCCUAGUUGUGAACCAUGAUCCUCCUGACUCCUUCCUCUGAUUUCUUCCAGUACGCCAACAAGCUCCUCCUGAGCGAUCAUGCGACAGUGCUCCAAAUCAAGGAGUUUGCACGGAAAAAUGCUGCUAAUGCUCUAUCUAUGGCCAACAUGGUCAUGGGCAUGGCCUCCAUCCUCAGCAGCCUGAACGGGCACCAUCAUGCAGCGUGUUGGCUGGUUCUGAUUGGGUACCUGCUAGAUUUGGCAGAUGGAGCGGUUGCCAGGCGACUCAAUGCCUGCUCGGCACUGGGUGCAAAGCUGGAUGAUUUUGCUGACUUCACCACCUUUGGGAUCGCCACAUCUCUGCUGCUGAGGACUUCCGACUUGCUGGACAACGUCCUGUGCAUGUGCUAUGUGCUGUCUGUGUUUGUCCGUCUCUGUUUCUUCUCAAGCGGUAUUCCAUUUGUGUAUCGCGGUCUCCCCUGCAUCUACUCAUCAGCCAUCUUAGCCAGUGCCUCGUUGCUGUUGGGAGGAAACCUGAGCGUGCUGCGGGUCAUCACAGUCGCCAUGAUCCUAUUUAUGAUCAGUCAGAACUUCUAUCCCCAUGACAAAGUCCUGGAGUCCCAGACUUGGAAGAAAGUAGUGUACGCUGGAGGAGUUGCCAUGGUGUUCUGUUCUCCCUUCCCCCCUGCGUGUGUGUACUACCUGCUCUGGUCCAUCUCAUACAUUUUGUUCCCUACUUCACUUUGGAGCUGCAAACUGUAAAGUAAAAAACGGGUUUACAGACUGCUGUUGCUGCUGCUCCCUGUUGCCGUCGGAGCGUCGAAGCUGGAAAAAACACUCGUUAAUUCAUGGCAAACAGUCUCUCUACUUCACCUUUUAUUUUAAUGUGACAUCUGACUGAGAGGACUUAGAAAAAAAUGAGCGAGGAUGGGUUGUUUUUCAGUGUUACUGGUGAAAAUGAACAUGUAUUCUGUCUUGGUUGCAUUAACACCAAUCAACCAAUAUGUGGCAGGCUCUGAAAACAGAAUAUUCAUCAGGUUUGCCUCCAUGUCUUAUCUUCUUUCAUCAGUAUUAUUUAUCAUCGGUAUUGAGAACAUGUAGCAGCAGAGGAACAUCACAUUCUUCUAAGGAUGAUAGAAAAAGAAAAUGUUCUAGAGGAAAAAAUAACACAUUUUCUUUCCUUUAUGUUAACUAGUUUUAUGUGUUUUUACAUCACAGAUAGUUCAAAAGGUUUUUCUGCAGGAGAGAACCUGCAGCAACAGAUCUCUGCUGCAUUUAUUUAUACAUACGUGAAUGGGAAUUUUUUUGCAAGUCUGACUUCUUGUUCCAUUAUAAAGGGAUCAUAAAUGUAUGCUAGUUCAAAAGAACUGAUUUAACAUAAUGGCUCUCUUAUUCAUAAUAUUUGAUUCGCUGUUUGAACAUGUCCAUUUGUUGUCAUAACUCCGGCAUUUACACAUUGCAAACAUUUCUUUACCUACAAACUUUCUACUUUUUCUUAUGUCUAUGAAAUGCUGUGUUAGCUUCCUGCUAUUUCUUCCGUAUCUGCCUCUGUUUUAGGAGGCAUCAUAACAACACUGCAUCAUUCAUAUGUGUUUCUUUGACAAAUCGCUGAUUUCACUUGGAGAGCUUUUGGUCAAUUUUCAAUUGUAUUAAUUCCACUUGGUGUGGAUUUACCUCUUUGAAUUACAUUAGUCGGUACUUUAAACACUAUUUCUGCUGCCAUCUAGCGGACAUGGCACAAUAUGUCACCUUUGAAACAGUCUGCUUUAAGAGGUGGACAGAUUUAUUUUUUCUUCUUUGUAGAGCAUUUCUUUGUAGCAGGGAUCCUGUUUUUGUCACUACUUGUUUAAUUUCAAAGUGUGUUUAUUGCCUUUGCACUGUGAGAAGGAAAUUGAGAGAAUAUAGUGUUAGGUGCUGCUUUGUCUUAAAUCCUAAAAUUUAAGCAAAGCGUAACCGGGUGAAAUGUGUCUGUUCUGAGCCCUGAAAGAUCUAUUUUUCUUUUAGCUUUCUAAUUCAAAUUACUUAGCUCAUCUUUAAACCAUAAAUUGUAGUUUUUUCAGUUUCAGAUUUAGAGUAACUUACAAACUACUGGUUCUAAUACGGAGAAUCCUGGCUUUUUGAUUAUUGAUUUAAAAUAUUAAUUUCAACUUACUUAUAACCAGCGCUUUGAAGAAAGUCUCCAAGAAUGACAUACAGACUUACUGCAGUACAAUCAGUUGUGCUUUCGGUUUUCCAGUGUGGGUGUUUUUGGUUUUCAGAAAGUAAAGGCACUCUAAUGUAGAACAUAGCGAAAGGAAAAACUGUAUAUUUUGAGAGAGAAAGAAAAAUAUUGAGAUCUUUUUGUGGAAUAGGAUAUGUGCAUUUGAGCCUGUAUAAUUUGAAAAUAAAAAAUGAGAAUGAAAUGA